AAAAGAAAGAAGAAAAAGUACCCGGAUUUUUAAACCAAUCGCAGACGUGAAACGUGUACAGCUGAUACCGGUACCGUCAGCUUACCAUCAAAAGGUGUUUUCCCUGCUCACUAGCGUGUGUGUCGUCUCUUGCUUCCGCGUUCAACAUGGCCAUUUAUUCCCUUGCUCUUCUGGGCUUUGUAGCUGUUCUUCUUCCCCAUAGUAUUUAUUCAUCCAAUAAUCUAUCCAACCUGCGAUGCCUUAUUUGUGAGCAAAUUGUUCAAGAUCUUCAAAUUGAAAUAAAUAAAAUUGACCCUAAGAAGAAAGUUGAAGUAGGAAAUUACAGACUAGAUGCAGAGGGAAAUUCCAAACAAAACUUGAUUCCCUAUGCUUUGUCUGAAAUGCAGAUAAGUGACUCCUUAGAAGUUGUAUGCAAAGGUAUUGAUGACUAUGUCCGGGCAACCAGGAAAGACACUGGUGAAUUAAUUUUGAUGAAACUAAUAAUUGAUGGAAAAAUGAACCCAGUUAUGUCUGAUGUGGAUAUAAUUCAAGAUGGGGAUUUGAAUAAGAGCCUGAAGUAUUAUUGUGAUGGAAUUGUUGAAGAGUAUGAGGAAAACAUUGUGGAGCUGUUUCAAAAAAAGGAGACAUCCAUUGAGUCAAAACUGUGCCAAGAUGUUGCAAAUUUAUGCAGAGGGGCCAAGGCCCACCAUGAAGACUUAUAAUUGUUUAUAAAUCAAAAUUUGAGGCUGGAGCUAUUAAUAUGCUGUACACUGAUCAGAUGUUUUCUGUGGUUGAGUGACAUCUUUCAAGACCUCAAAGGGCCUUCUCACCGAACAAACUUACUUUUUACUGUGAUAUUUUUUAAUAGUUCAUAAACCCACAUUCCUGGUAUGGGAAGGCUCUUAUUAUCAUCAAUCCAGCUGGUGUGCCAACAUUUGUCUGAUUUUAACUCAUUCCUAAUUUUCAGUGACCAAUCAAAUAAUAUCUUGCCUAAAAGUGCUAAGUCAAAUGUAAAUAAAAUAACAUUGCAUUGUUAAAAACAAAUUAUAUUAUUAUCAUGG